CACGUAUAUGUAUGAACAGUAAAAACGGAGGGUAUCCGAACACUCGAUAAUCUUAAAUAUUAUAUGGUUUAACGUACAUGACUGAAUUCCAUUGAACCUGAUAAACAGAACAAGAAAUGAACAGAUAAAUAUCGUUUUUUAAACUUAAAAUACAAACAAAUAUACACAGGUUUCAAUGAUUUUGGACUUUUGAUUAACAUCUUUUAAACUAACUGGAAUACAAAGUGAUUUUUAUAAUAGUGCAAACUGAUAAGUUUAUUUAAAAUUCAACAGAAAUGGGUUGUAAACAGUCUAAACAGGUUCGAGUUCAGCCAGUCGGGGCUGCCGAAAUGAAAUCCGGGAAACUUAAGAACUGUAUGAGUGAAACAGACGCAGGGAUCGAACCUGACAUCAACGAUAACAGACGCCGUGGAAACCGCAACAAAUCGGCUAAAAAUAAGAGAGCUAUGGGUUCGAGUGACUCGUUGGACGAUGGUAUGGGCUCGGACAGAGGUGGGUCUGCAGGGUCGAAGAAAAGUCACGAUUCUGGGCUAGGUGAUUUAGGAGAAUACAACCAAGGAUUUAUAACUGAGUAUUCCGACCCUGAUAAAGUUAAAGAAAUUGAAAAUCAGUUUAAAGAAAGGGAAGACCUAGAAUUAGGAAUAACCGGUACCGCUUUACCUACAAGAAAUAGCGCCAAGGAUAAGGCCCGACUGGAAGAAUCCAUGAUUUUACAAAAACUAAGGGAAGAGGGCCUCAUCUCAAAAACAAACAGUGAGAAAAAGACCGGAGUUGCGUUCGAAAUUGUAGAGAUGAAUGGAUCAAAACUACCGGCAUUACCUCCCUUGAAACUUGCUAAAAUAGAAAAAAGAAGAAAGAAGAAACGUGUUCUGACAGAGGAAGAAAUCCAAGAAAAAUUAGAACGUGCAGAAGAAAGAAGAAAGAGAAAAGAAAAGGCCCGUCUAGAGAAAAUCAAGGAAAUGGAUAAAGCGGAUCAAACAGCCGCUUUAUCAUCAUUCCAAGACUAUCAGAAAAAGAAGGAAGAACAAGUAACUCAGAAAAUGGACAGUGUAACAGACAAACGCGAGCGUCGUCUGCAAGAAGUCAGAGAAAAGCAGCUGGAACGCGAAAGAAGACGCGAGGAGGUGCGAAGGCGCAAGAAGGAGCGACAGGAAAUGGGAUUAACGGAACAAGAAGGAACUGGUGAAAAUGUUAAAGACAUAUCUGAACUUUUAGACCGACAAGAAACUCCUAUAGUACCCGUAUGAGCUUAGUCAACUUAAAAUAAUUAGUUUCGUUUUUAUAAUACAUAUAGUUGUGUUUUAGCAGCCAUGCUUCAGAGAGACUUGCAAAACAGGCGACUUACCUGAAAGGUGCUUUACAUGCUAGGAUUCAGGGAUUGGAUUGGUAAAGUUAUACGGAACACUAUGUUAUACGGUUCGACUAAGUUGUAACUGGUUAUACGGAUUAUACGGAUGGCCCGUAUAACAUGAACUUUGACUUUUCGAAAUUUCGAGUUGGAAUAAAAUAACUGGUCCGCCAUUGAUUAAUUUUAAACUUUUAAAUCAGAAUCGACAGUUAUGCCGGAAUAUUGAUUUUGAAAUUAAAUGUGUACGUAAAUCGUAUAGCAAAUCUUUUAAUCAGUUUAAGUGUGAAAAUGUCGUUUUUUGUCUGAAACAGGUCUAAUCACGUACAAUUUAAAAUGGCGGGUAACGACCGAUCAAUCGGUGGUAGUCUGUCACGCCAGACAGUAUUAGAUUUUAUUUGACAGCUUAGUUUAUAGCACUUGAUGACUGUCAAAUAAUUUUUUAUGUAAAAUAUCUGAUUUAAUUGGUCAUUUUUAUAGGAUUUUUUAUAAAUAAGUUUUAGAAUCAUGGGAUAUUUUAAAUUUAGAUUUCUAUUAGAUUAUUGUUACUGUUAUGUAUAUAUGUAUAUUUAUAACGCAUUAUGUUAUGUUUGUUACAUUAAAUUUUAUGAUACAUUCAUGAUACGUACAACAAAUAUUACGUUUUAAUUGGUGGAAUUUUAUGUUGGUAUUAUAUACUGUAUGUCAUAUUCAUGACAAAUCACAAAUAUUUAUCGCAUACAAACAGUAUUACCAAAGCAAAUGGCAUGUAUACAUGUUUAUAAAACAAAUACGUGAUACUGUAUUUCUAUUGGAUCGAUAAACUAUAUUAUUGUAAAAUUUUAAAUGAAAGUGUAUUUAUUCAUUGUUUGCAGUUGUCAAAAACCGCUUUGUUCAGUAUUAAUUUUGUUAUUUUAUACCCGUGGCGGGCUUUAAGCCAAAUGCUUACGUCACAUUGUUUAAUAAAUUAUAUUAUAAUUACAACAUUUUUAAGAUUAUAUCUAAGUAUUGUGGAUAAGAUAUUCAAAUCAAAAGAAUAUAAAAUAUCUUAUCAAUUAAAGCGUAAACUUACAUAAACAAAACGGAGUUAAAUUAGUUAUAACUCGAAUUUGUAAGCGAAAUGUUGGGGGGGGGGGGGUUGGUUUGACAAAUUGCGGGUGAGAGGCGGAAUGUUUUAAUUCGUUGCGUUUAAUAAGCUCAGUUGAUAGAUAUAUCAAGAUAGGGGAAUGAGUAUGGGGAUGGAAAGGGAUGGGGGCGUAGAGAAACUUUGUAGAUAUUCAAGUGUUGCGAUAAACCGUCGUCGGAUACCCACGGCCGAACCAUUAACAUUUAUGAUUACCUGUUAUAUUACAUGCUAAUCAACCGUGGGUAUCCGACGAUGAGCGGCAAACCUGAACAGUAUUAAGCUAAGUAGAUAGCUGGUAUAUAAUAUGCAGAAAGAAGUCCAUGUCACGCAACCUAAUUUAUAAUGCAUAAGGAUUUCGCCAAUGUUUGCCACUAUCACCACUAAAUGAAUAACAAUGAAAAUCAGGACACUGUUCCCACGCCAGUACUUCUCUACUAAAUAUCGUACUUCAUUAUUUAUCAACAAUAGGAACAAUUUGUAGAGUAAAUAAAUAAUAGAUGUACAUGUAUAUACUUCAAACAAUUAGUUAAAUCAAUCCGCUACGCUAAUCUAAUUUCUAGCCGCAAUGUCCUUUGUCAGCUUCCGUAAAAAAAUCUAAUAUGAUAUCGAUCUCAGGUUUAUCAGUAGUCGACAUAUUUUAGGGUCGUUUUUGGGCAGAUUGUGGGGUUCUUUUUCAUGGGACAGAAUUUCGGAGUUAUUUCCCAUACACAAACAAACAUAAGUUUUACCCAUUUACAGAGACUCUCGUGCUCAUAAAGUUAAAGAGUAUCGACGUUUUCAUUGAGGAAACGUUUUAUUUCAUUUAUUAUUUAGUGUAGCAAAGAAAGAAAGAAAGAAAGAAAGAAAGAAAGAAAGAAAGAAAGAAAAGAAAGAAAGAAAGAAAGAAAGAAAGAAAGAAAGAAAGAAAGAAAGAAAGAAAGAAAAAAAGAAAGAAAGAAAGAAAGAAAGUCAUAAAUGUAAAUGACUAAUCAUUUUUGACUGACGUGUCACAUAUUACAUAUUUAAAAAAUAUAUUUAUUUAUUUAUUUUCGCUUUUUGUUAAACCUUUAAAUUCAGUAUACAAUGUGAUAUUAGAUGUCUAGCAUUUUGUUUGUUAUUGUUUUCUGUGUAUAUAUAAAUCGUGUUUCAUUAUGUAUAUAAUUUUCAUAGUUUAUAUAUAUUAUAUACAUUUGUUUGGAUAGUUGAGAUAUAAGGAGGAUAUUCUAUAAAGAGAGGUAUUAUUAUGUAAAUGGGUGAUUAUCAUUGUCUGUGCAUUCUGUAAUGAAUAAUCUGUCAUAAUAAAUCUAUUUAUUUAUUUUAA